UUUGUCGCAGUCGCAUUGGCCUCCGUUGGGUCUUCAUCGUGACUCUCUUCACGCCAUUUAUUCCGAUUAAUCGGAGUUUCGACUUCGCUCAUCUUCCUUGGCGUUCUGUUUUGAGCAUCACUAGAAAAUGUAUAACCUGAGUAGGAUCAUAUCUCGUUUCUCCUCGGUUUCACUUAACCCUUGCACGAGGGCAUCUGGGUUUCUGAUUGAAAACGCUCCUGCUUCAUCAGAACUCAUUCAAUCUGCUGUGAAUCGAGCAUUUUCUUCAAAAUCAGGGUCUGAUGGAGUUGGAGGCGAUGAAAACGGUUGGGAUAUUGCAACAGGAGGAUCAUUUGGUGGUACAGGAUCAGAUGAUCUCGAUUGGGACAAUAAAUCUAUGUGGUCGACUGGCUUAACCAAGGAGCAUUUCGAUGGUGUCUCCGUUGGUCGUCAGAAGAACGCUGCGAAUCCUUCUUCUGAUAGUACGGCCUCUGAUUCGGGAGAUGUAAUGAGCAAAUUAGGUCCAAAGGAAGCUGCUUUGGUUAAUGAAAUGAAUGAGUAUGAUGAUAUGAUCAAAGAGAUUGACCAAGAUAAUAGGCAAGGCAGGGCUUUUGUUGAUGGGAUUAAACAGAGAAUGAUGGAGAUCAGUGUGUUGUUGAAGCAAGUGAAAGAGCCUGGAGCUAGAGGGUCUUAUCUUAAAGACUCUGAGAAGACUGAGAUGUAUAGAUUGCACAAAGAGAAUCCUGAGGUUUAUACCGUUGAGAGGCUUGCUAAGGAUUAUAGGAUUAUGAGGCAGCGUGUUCACGCCAUUCUUUUUCUUAAAGAAGAUGAAGAAGAAGAGGAGAAGAAGCUUGGUCGUCCCUUGGAUGAUUCUGUUGAGCGUUUGCUUGAUGAGUACCCUGAGUUCUUCAUUUCGCAUGACCGGGAAUUUCAUGUGGCCUCACUUAAUUACAAGCCUGACUUCAAGGUCAUGCCAGAAGGAUGGGAUGGUACAAUCAAAGAUAUGGAUGAAGUCCAUUAUGAGAUCUCAAAGAAAGAGGAUGACAUGCUUUACGAAGAAUUUGUUCGAAGAUUUGAGUUCAAUAAAAUGAAAUGGAGAGGAGAAGUGAAGUGCCACAAGUACAGUAGGAGGCGUUCAUCAGAGGGAUGGAACAUCACAGUUGAGAAACUGGGUGCUAAGGGCAAGCGUGGAUCCGGAGGUGGCUGGAAGUUUAUGAGUCUUCCAGAUGGAUCAAGCCGACCCCUCAACGAAGUGGAGAAGAUGUAUGUCAAGCGCGAAACACCACUUCGUCGCCGUAAGAUCCUCCCUUGAUUUUACAAGACGCAGACUCCAUCGAUGGUUAUAUCAGGAUGGGAAUGUUGUGUUUCCUAUGUGUUCUUGUUUGAUAAUACUUUGCUUUUGUUUGAUGUUAAGUUGAAUAGUCAGAUGGGGUAGCUUUUGUUUUUCGUUUAGCUCUCUCUAACUUUAUCAGUGAGGUGCAAAUAAAUAUUAAGACCCAAUACUGUUCUAAUAGAAUCAUAGUCUUAUCUUAUAUAUUUUUAUUAAUACGAGAAAAAUGUUUAAGAAGUUCUUUAA